AUGCCCCUUUGUCAAUGGACAAGAGAGCGAGUGGAUCCGAAACAUGACAGCAAAACCCUAGCUAAAGCCUGGGUGAAGCUCGAUGUUGACGAGAAUGGAGAGAACCAAACAGCUGUCAUCAGAAUACUCCGAAAAAUUUACAUUGCCCUCCAGCCCAGGCCAGUCAAGUUCCAGAGUUCAACCCACCGAAAUAAACUCAAGGUAAUCAUUCUCGAAAGCUUGGAUCAAAUGCCAGCGGAGGUUCAAGCUGCAGCCAAGCGUAAUAGAGUGCGUACUAUACACAAUCUCUACAGAGUUGUUCAACUUGAACGCGUUGGUUGGAAUCCAAAGAGCCCUCCAAGACGUCCUCAGCCGAGACGUGUCCUGCCUCCACGCGUGUCCCGGCCGAUUCGUAUGCCUAAGUUCCCUCUACCUCAUGGUGGUCAAGGGGGAAGAGGUAGACUCCGCAGCCCUCGACGUGCGUCCGGUUUUAUUCAUGAUUCACCUGCUCAUUCAAGUGGAUGGGAGAAUACGGGAGAAAGUGACUACGAGCCCCCAGACCAGGUGCGGGAUGAAGAAUCAGAGACAGAGUCCGAAAAGCCUGGUGGUGGAUCUGAAAGUGAGGAGGCUGAAGGGUCGGAAACCACGGAGUCUCAUGGAAGAACGCCGUUUCCUCCACCAUGGCUUUCCUCUGCUCCCAAGGAAGGUUCACCGGGCAGGGAGUCAGAGGAAGAAUCAGAAGAAGAAUCAGAGAAAGAAUCGGAGAAAGAGCCGGAGCAGGAAUCUGGAUCUGAAGAGGCAUCUGAGUAUGAUUCUGAUGAUUCGGUACCAGUACCGCCUCAUAAACAACCGCCACCUACUCCCCCGAGGACUCCCAAGGAAGAUUCGCCAGAAAUGGAACUAGAGGAGGAAUUCGACUAUCAGCCUGAAAACGCAUCUGAGCAAGAGGGAGAAUUCGAGGCUGAGCCAGAACAAAAAUCCGGAAGUGAGUCUGAAGAGUCUGAUCCAGAAAUAUCGCCCCAUGUGCCUACGCACCGUCCUUCUCAUCUUAAAGAGCAUCUCAAGGAAGCUUUACCAGACGGGAAGUCAGAAAAAGGGUCGAGAGAAGAAUCAGAGGAGAGUUCCGAGGAAGAGUCAGAGCAGGAGUCUGGAUCUGAGGCACCGCGAGAUUAUGAUCAAAAAUCUGAUGCCCCCGCGGAAGGACCAGAAGAAGACCCGGAGGAACAAGACUCUGAUGUCGAAUCUAAACCAAUGGAGGUAGACAAAGCCGAACCUCGUGGUGCCUCACUAGUAGUAGAGGAAUCAGAACAAGAGUCAGAAGAAGCAUCUGGUAAUGAGCAGAGCUCUGACAACGAUUCUGAACACUCCGUGGAUGAACAUAUAUCAUCUCGCGAAGCCUCACCAGACAAAUCAGAAGCCGGAUCGAAAGAAGAGCAAGACCAAGAGUCGGAAGAGGAAGCAGACAACGAAUCUGAACACCUCGUAGAAGAACAAGCACAAGCAUCAUCUCGCGAUGCAUCGCCAGCUAUUUCUAGCGAAGAGUUGGAGGAAGAGCCAGAAGAGGAGGUAGAACCAGAAUCUGGAGAUGAUGUAAAUGCUCCGGUGGAUGAAGGUCAAAUCUAUGCAUCAUCUGAAGGCGAACUAGAAGAAGCAUCGGAAAGUUCAAAUGAUGGUGUUUCUAGCGAUGAGUCUGAAGCUAAGUCCGAAACUGGAUCUGAGGAUGGCGCAGAAGAUAAUAGGUCUGGCGAAGAGUCUGACGACCAUGUGUAUGAUUCCAGUACUAGUAAGUCUGAUACCGAAGCCCAAGAUGAGCCAGACUACGAAUCAAACGGUGAAGAUCAGACUGGUGAGGAGUCGGAACACCAAAAUGGGAAUGAGACCGAUAAUGGAUCAGAUGCUGAAUCUCAGGGCGCAUCCAUAGUCAGCCAAGAAGACGAUUCUGACGGACUUGAGUCUCGGGGUAGUAAAAGAUCAUAUUCCGAGCUGGAACAGGAAAUUCACGACGACACUGAAGACGGGUUUGAAGACGGUGAGUCAGUUCGUGAUGAGAAGACACAGGGUACACCAUCUGCCAAGAAAGUCAAGACCGAUUCCGAAAGUCUUCAUGACGAAAAGCUAGAGACUGAGCCCGAAAGUUCUCACGACGAAGAGAUGGAGGAUGUAUCUGAAGAUGUAUCUGAAGAUGAAGCUAAGACCGAACCUAAAGGUAACCGUAACGAGGAGUUGGAGACUAAGUCCGAAAGCCCCCGCGACGAAGAGAUGGAGGAUGCUUCCUCCGCGCAGAAAUCUAAGAGUGACGAAUCAAUGAAGGACGCAUCAUCUGCGGAGAACUCUAAGAGCAACAAAAAGACGACAGAUGCAUUACCUGCAAAGACAACUAAGACCAAUUCCGAAAGUCCCCAUGACGAAGAGAUGGAGGAUGCUGAAGAAGAAGAUGAAGCUGGAAACGAAUCUCAAGCUAGCCCUGAAGAAGAGCAGGAAGAUGUAUCCGACGAUGGGUCUGAAGAUGGAUCCGAGAAUGAUUCGGAGGAAGGGUCAUCUGGCGAGGAACAAGAAGAUGCAUCUGAAUAUGAGUCGGACGAUGCAGUCGAUAGUGUUCUCCAAGAUGGCUCUACCGAUGACCAAGACGAUGAUGCGCCCCAGGACGACGACAAAUAUGACUCUGGAACGGGACCUGAGGACGAGCAAGACGAUGCAUCUGCCGAGUCUGGAGGUGAAGCCGAAAAUGAUUCCGAGCUAAGCUCUAGCGAGGAACAAGAAUCUGAGUCUAAUGUUGAGUCUGGAAUUGAAGCCGAGAACGAUUCUGAAGAGGACCUUGACAAGGAUGAAGGGCAUGCGUCUCCUGAUGAAUUAGAAACGGAAGAUGCCUCUGCAGGCAGUCCUGAUGAGGAGCGACAAGAUUCACCCGAGGCAGAAUUAUUUGACUUCAACAGAUCAUCGGUGGUCCCUAAUGCAGAUGUCGACAUCAUUCGAGCUGAUGAUCCGUACCGACCACUAUCGAUCCGGCUUAACGAUUUCUUGAAAGAUCGGGCCGACCCCCGAUGUCAAAGCUUGGAUGGAGAUUGGAUUGAUAUCUCCCAGCUACGUAUCAAUGUGUUCCGAAAGCGUCUGAUGAACGAAGGUCUCUUUAGACUGGGUGCAGACAACAUUUGGUGGAAACCUUCAGCUCUGAAGGACAUAAACCUCAACGAAGUUGACAUUCCUCAAGGCGAUGAAAGUAGACUCACUGAAUUAAGCAUGAUCACUGUCAUCAAGCGGUCCAUCAAUGCGUACUAUCCCGGGCUCGGAAUCGCCAUGAUUGACGAAGAACGACUUGGGCUACCGCGGCCUAGCUUCACGGUUAUCAUUCGGAAUGCCAAGACUGAAGGUAAAAUUGACACGAACUAG